AUGCUCGGCACCACCACGACCGCAACCACCAGCAACACAACCACAACUAUGCAGCAGUCAAACGCCUCCCAUUUCAAGCUCUCAUCAACCUCGUGCGGCACCUGCGCCGUCCACUUUGACAACCCCGACACCCGCCGCGCCCAUUCGAAAAGCCAAUGGCAUGUAACCAACCUCAAAAGGCGCAUGGCCGAUCUCGAGCCCCUCAGCGCGGAGCAGCACGCCGCCGCUCCGGCCGAUGGUGGGCCCAUAGCGGAGUCCGACGCUUCGUCUUCUUCAGCUUCCGACGCCGACCAAAGUGAUACCGAGGAGGAUGAAGACAAUGACGACUUUGUGCCGGAAGAAUGCUUGUUCUGUAACACCACUUCGGACUCGCUCGACGACAAUGUCGUCCACAUGCACAAAACGCACGGCAUGUUCAUCCCCGACAAGGACAAGCUCGUCGUCGAUGUCGAGGCCCUCGUCAAGUACCUCCACCUCGUCGUCUUCGGAUACCGCGAGUGUCUGCAGUGCGGCACCCAACGAAGAUCGGCCGCUGCCGUUCAGCAGCAUAUGCUAGGAAAAGGCCACUGCCGCUUUGAUGUCACGGCAGAAGAUUCAGAGUUUAGGGACUUUUACGAGCACUCUUCAGACGACGGAGAGAAUGCAGCAGAGGACGGCGGGACGAAAAAGGCCAUUGCCGAUGCCCUGGAGGAAGGCGGCUCGAUCCGCCUACCCUCUGGCAAACAGCUCUCUCAUCGCUCCGCCCCGGCGGCGGCGCCGAGACCACGUUCGACCAAGAAUAGCGCCAAAAACGACCGUGCUGCCGGUUCGGACAACCUCCUUCUACGCCAAGGCCCCGAAGGCCCCGGCAUCAACGAGUCGGAAGCGAGCUUCCAACUCACGGCACCGUCUGGCCCCGGCAAGAAAUUCGACACGCAGGCAUUGACGCGCGCCGAGAAGCGCAAUGUCGUCUUUGAGACGCAGGUUGCGCGCCUGAGUGUCAACGACCGUGCUGCCCUUGCGCAUCUGCCGUCGGCGGAGCAGCGGAGCGUAUUGCUGACAAGGCAGAAGCAGUUGGAUAAGGCGGAGAAGGCUGCGCGGAGGCUUCAGACGAGGCUGGAGAUGAAGGCGAAUAAGACGGGGCAGGGAACCUUUGUUAGUGACGUUCCUGGACGAAAGAAUGGUUGA